AUGGCGAUUUCUGAAGAAAUCCAGAUACCGAAAACGCAAGACCCAUGCGCCUCUUACGCCUCGCCGUCCGGAGAUCGCCGGUUCGAGAAGCUUCGCGGCGUUCGAUGGCGAAUAAACCUUGGAAUUUUGCCGUCUUCUCCUUCCUCCACCAUCGAUGAGCUUCGCAGAGUAACGGCUGAUUCCAGAAGAAGAUAUGCUGCUUUGAGAAGACGACUCUUAAUUGAUCCACAUUUGCCCAAGAAAGGAGGAAUCAACUCUCCAGAUCUAACGAUUGAUAAUCCUUUAUCACAGAAUCCUGAUAGUACUUGGGGAAGAUUCUUCCGUAACGCAGAGCUGGAGAAAACACUCGAUCAAGAUCUCUCACGGUUGUAUCCAGAACAUGGAAGUUACUUUCAAUCCUCUGGAUGUCAAGGGAUGCUAAGACGGAUACUUCUCUUGUGGUGUCUCAAGCAUCCUGAGAUUGGUUACAGACAAGGGAUGCAUGAACUAUUGGCUCCUUUGCUUUAUGUUCUUCAAGUGGAUGUGCAAUACCUUACGGAAGUGAGAUCAAACUAUGAAGACCAGUUCAUUGAUUUGUUUGACGAACUAGCAUUUCAAGAACGUGACUCUGCUGCUUACGAUUUCGAUAUCAAAAAGGUGUUGGAUGAUUCCAUGGAAGAAGGAGAUGAAAAUGGUCCACCUUUUGGAAGCACCAAGAAGAAAAAACCAAAGAGUUUCGAUGAACUCGACGCCGAGACGCAGACCGCUGUUCUGUUGAGUGACGCCUAUGGAGCGGAAGGCGAAUUAGGAAUCGUCCUCUCCGAGAAGUUCAUGGAACACGACGCCUACUCCAUGUUCGACGCUCUCAUGUACGGUGGAUCUUCCCUUGGUUCGGUCUCCGUGGCGAAUUUCUUUGUGUACUCAGCUCCAAACGAUUCCGUCACGGGACUGCCUCCUGUGAUUGAAGCUUCUUCUGCAUUGUAUCAUCUACUUUCUCUAGUCGACGCUUCUCUUCACAGCCAUCUAGUUGAGCUCGGCGUCGAACCGCAGUACUUUGGUCUCCGUUGGUUACGUGUUCUGUUCGGAAGAGAGUUUCCUCUGAACAAUCUCUUGAUCGUGUGGGAUGAGAUCUUCUCCGCUGACAACUCCGAGGUAGAGACAGGCGUCGCUGAGGCUGAUCUAGGGUUUGAAUUCAGGAUCCUGAGCUCACCGCGAGGAGCUCUUGUCGCAGGGAUGGCGGUUUCGAUGAUACUCUAUCUGAGAUCGUCGCUGCUAGCAACUGAAAACGCGACUUCCUCUCUCAAGAAGCUACUGAAUUUUCCAGAGGACAUCGAUCUGAGUAGAGUGAUCGAAAAGGCCAAGUCUUUGCAGGCUCUUGCUCUUGAAAUCAAUGCUCGUCGUGACUUAGUUCCUAAAGGGUCGAGAAAACCGACGACGAGAGGUCACAGCUUAUCGGUCGAUUCGAUCUCGCUUGGCUCUUCUUGUUCUCCUGUGGGGAUAGUUCCUGAGAGCUACUGGGAAGAGAAGUGGAGAGUUUUGAACAGCGCGGAGGAAGAGGAACGGAAGAAGAAAGCGUUGUUGCAGAGACCGAGAACGGUGAAGAAAAGCUGGUCGGAGAGAGUGAAGCUUAGGCUUUCGAGGACGGAAUCGGAUCCUUCACCGGCUGAAGCAAGUAUAAGCGGGAACAAGCCGCCUAUUAGACGAAGUUUGCUUGAUGAUCUAUCGAGGCAGCUAGGUGAAAAAGAGAUUGAUCCUCCUCCCGAGCUCUCAAACGCGGAUACGGAUAUCGAACGCUCGUCUACAGUAUCUGAUUCGGCGAGCGUGGACUAUGAGGAUAACAGUUCUGAUAAAUGCAAAACAGAGAACCAUUUGCAUUUGCCUCUUCCGGUUCCUGAGAAUGAGCCAGAGGCGAAAACAGGGGCGAGUAUCUUCUUCAGGGAUAGGAAGAUUCUUUCUGGUAAGUUCCAGAGGCUAUGGAGGUUAGGUCGAAACUUGUCCGGCGAGGAAACUACUUCUGAGACGAAAGAAGCUGAGACGGUAGAUACUGAAGAUGGGAAGACCGAUUCAGAUUCAACUGUGGGUAAUGGAGUUGCGUUGAAGGAUACAGGACGGUCCAUGCUUGAACAUAUUAAGGUGAUAGAGUCGGUGUUGGAGCCAAGUUCACCGGAAAAUAUGACUGAGAAUGGAAGACUAACAGUUGAGGAAGCUCUGAGAGAACUUCGUAGACUUGGAAAUAUGUUGACGGAAAUGUAG